AUGUCUCUCCCAGGUCUCUCUCUUCCCGGCUUGAGUGCCACACCGUCUUCGGCAACACCAGUGGCAGGCGCUCCAGCAGCAGCAGCAGCAGCAGCAUCACAAGCGCCGAGAACUGAGACCCUGCAGCCGCAGACAGAAUGGCGAUUCGAGGUCGCAUUUUCCCAGAGAUACACCGUCAAAUUGGAAAGCGGAAACGCAGAGAUGUUCGGAGUUGAGCUGGCGCCCAAGCAGACGUACACCUUCUCCGGCUACAAGGGCGCAAUCUUCACAUGGCAGGGAUGCCAGCUUGAAAUCACUGGAAGUGCAGAGAGCGAGUACGCGGGCGAGGAGACCGAGUACGCGGUCGAAUGGCUCAAUGUCCACGGUAUGCUUGGCGCACGCAGAGAUCAGAGCAAUGGCGAUGGACCUCGAGUGCUGGUGGUGGGGCCCGACUUUGUGGGAAAGAGCAGUCUCGUGCGGAGUCUGGCAUCAUGGGGCGUUCGCAACGGGCAUGCUCCUACAGUCUUGAAUCUGGACCCUCGAGAAGGUCUGCUCGCCCCGGCAGCCUCACUCACUGUCGUCACGUGCGAUUCUCAGAUGGACGUGGACACUGGCCUGGGCAUCGGUCCCAUGUCAGGUCCCACGGUUACUCCCGUCCGCAUCCCAUUGAUCUAUUCCUUCCCGUUCGCAUCGCCCACCGAGAAGCCAGAGGUCUUCAAGCAUGUCACAACCAGAAUGGCUGUUAGUGUCAUGAGCAAGCUCGAAGAGCGUCCAGCGGCGAAGCGAAGCGGACUGAUCAUUGACACUCCCGGUUCCCUCAACGACCCGAAGAGCAAUUACGAUUUGAUCUCACACUUGGUCUCGGAGUUCAGCAUCAACCUGGUACUCACCAUUGGGUCCGAGCGACUCUUCAGUGAUUUGAGUCGCAGAUACAACGCAUCCAAAAGCCCAGAAGACCCUGUCGAGGUUCUACGCAUUGCCAAGCCAGGCGGAGCUGUAGAGCGAGACGCCGCUUUCAUGAGACUACUGCGAGCCCAGCAAAUUCGCCAAUACUUCUAUGGGACUUCAAAGGAAUCUCUGCACCCACAUUCGCACUGGAUCGCAUUCAACGAGAUGGAUAUCUUCCGUGCAAAGUCUGCGUCGGUGGAGGACAGCUCCUUCGGACCUGGUGGAGAUGACGAUGAUGACUACGAUGUUCCGUACGCCAACAAGCCAAACAGUAGCGCAACGUUUGAGAGAAUUACUCCCACAGCGGCGAUGACGGGUGGUCUGGUGGCGAUAAAGUUUGCCGAAGGAAGUGACAGCGAGCAGGCGAUCCGGGGCAGUCCAGUCAAGGGGUUUCUUUCAGUGGCAGAGGUGGAUGAGACAAAGAAGCGAGUACGAUUCCUUUCGCCGCAUCCGCAGCGAUGGGGCAAGAAAGCGUUAGUUUGGGGCCACGGCUGGCCAGAAGUAGUCGCAGACCUGACUUCGUAA